CAAAAGUCUCUCUCUCUCUCUCUCGUUAUAUAAACAACGCACUGAGAUAACUAUCUCUCUCUACACAGCACUUCUUUGGUUCUCUACAAAGAACGCCGUUGGAAUCGGUCUAUCCAUUUUUCAGCGUUUUGUUACCCUCCUUUUCCUCACUCUUUUUUUCGCUCUUUCUCUCUCUAGGGUUUUGAAUUGAUUCUUCAACCCCAAACCUAUCCUAUUCCUGACUUCCUGUUAUCUCUCUCAUCUUCAUCGCCAACACAUCAAUACCCUUUUUCUCUCUUGCAUCUUUCGCUUUCUCUGUCACAAAAUGACGACUCCUGCUGUGAAGAACAAUUUUUUGCCACCUGGGUUGGUGUCAAAUCUUCAGGAAGUCCUUCUCAAAAGGAAAGGCGGCGAAGAGGAACAACCCAAGAAUGAUGAAUCCAAUGACCCCACUUCGUCUAAUUCAAGUUCGGAUAAUGUUGAGCCCAAUUCGGAUAAUAAUAGUUCAAAGCCUAUAAUUUUGGUCACAAAUGGUGAAGGGAUCGAGUCACCAGGUCUAACUUGUCUUGUUGAAGCUCUGGUUCGGGAAAGCCUUUACAACGUCCAUGUCUGCGCUCCUCAAUCGGACAAGUCGGUGUCAGGUCAUUCGGUGACACUCCGAGAAACAGUUGCAGUGACUUCUGUCGAAAUUAAUGGUGCCAUUGCUUAUGAAGUUUCUGGGACUCCUGUAGAUUGUGUGUCAUUAGCGUUAUCCAGUGCACUGUUUUCUUGGUCAAAGCCUCUGCUGGUAAUUAGUGGAAUCAACAGGGGUUCGAGUUGUGGCAAUCACAUGUUCCACUCGGGUGUUAUUGCUGGUGCCAGAGAGGCAUUGAUUAGCGGUGUGUCAUCUAUCUCGAUAUCGUUGAACUGGAAGAAGGAUGAAAGUAGUGAAAGCGAUUUCAAGGAUGCUGUGACCAUAUGUUUACCAUUAAUAAACACAGCCAUUAGAGAUAUAGAGAAGGGGGUUUUCCCCAGAAGUUGCUUACUGGAUAUAGAGGUUCCGACAUCUCCUUUGACAAACAAGGGAUUCAAGAUAACAAAGCAAAGUCUCUGGAGAUCCAUGCCAAGCUGGCAAGCUAUCUCAAGCAACAGGCAUCUGUCUUCUGGACGUUUCAUGUCCAAUCAGCAAAGCCUUGGCAUGCAACUUGCACAGCUAAGCCGAGAUGCCUCUGCUGCAGGUGCUGCUCGUCGUUUGACGUCACAGAGAAAGAAUUUGGAGAUUGUUGAAUCAGUUGGGGUUGUGGGAAAAUCAGAUUUCAAUCGGACAACGCGAUACUUUCGAAUGGAGUUUCUGGACAGCGACCAGGAAGAGGUGGAUGAGGAUCUUGAUUUCAGAGCGCUUGAGAAUGGAUAUGUUUCAAUCACUCCACUAUCUCUUUCUCAGCAUACAGAGAUAGGCACUCAAACAGCUGCAUCAGAUUGGAUAUCUACGACGCAGCAGGUGGAGCAAUAAAGCUUUCCUCAGACCGACAUCGUCAGUAAUUUUCUGUACAUUUGGAUGCAUACUUGUGUCUUUUUAGUCAUCUACAUACUUGAGUGGUGUUUUUGAAUGUCCCCCUCUCUCACUCUUUGGUUCUUUGAUCUUUCAUUGGUUGUUGUGAAGCAAUUGCUUUCCACAUUAAUUUAUAUGGUUGGCAUGUUCUAAAUGGCCAAUCUUUCACUUGUGUCUUCUUUACUGACCAAACAGUGUCAUAGUUUGGUUGUUUUUGUGGUAGUUCUUCACUAUGUAACUGGAAAGGCCAGGUCGGAAUUAUUUGCUCCGGUGCUUUGCCUGAUACUGUUUCUAUGGUUUUGUAUGAACCAUUCACUUUCAUUUCCCUUUCUGUGAGCACCUUUGAAAGAGUUGCUUGUGGGAUAGUGUUCUAUAUUCACCGUGAAGUUUGCAUGAAGAUAAUUGUUCGUAUCAUUGUACGAUCUGAAUGUUGAAAAGAGUUGGGGCCAAGUUGCAGAGUUCACUUUUUGGUUUCAUCUUUUCAUGUAAAUCGGUGUUAGUUUAUUAAUAGGAUUUUAUUUCCUAUAAAAAAAUCAAUAGGAUUUAAUCAAAAGCA